AUGGAGGGCAGCCGGCUCUGGGUGGGCUCCGGGGACAGGUGCUGGUGGAUCCCAGGGCUGGACAUGAAGAUCUCCCCACUCCUGCUCGUCCUGCUGCUGGCAGCCGCCUGCGCUGCAACGUCYUUCCUCAGCCCCAGACCCACGUGCUGCUCCAAGGAUAAGUUGUCCCGUCGGAGAAUCCCCGAGUUCAGGAUCCGCGAGUACCGCUACUCAGCGUCCUCCUGCGCCCUCAGGGCCGUGCUAGUGAAGUUGGACCAUGGGGUGGUCUGCGUGGACCCACAGCAGAAAUGGUUCCAGGAGUACCUGAGCAAGCAGAAGAAACCAAAAACCCCGUCCACGUGA